AUGGCCAGUGUCACUGCGCAAAGGGAGGGAAUCUUCCCAAAGGCCAGUGUUCCUGCACAGAGGGAGGGGAUCCUCCCCACAGCCAGCGUCCCUGUGGAGAAUGGAAACAAUCAUCCACAACCACCUCCCAUCAUCCCCAUGUUGGCACCACUGUGGAAAUGGGAUGGUGGAGUGUGUACUCCACCUGUGGAUUUCUAUUCCAAGAGAAGAGAUGUCCGGCUUAGAUAUGUUGAGCAUCCUGCUAUGAUGUCCAUCACCAAGCCAGAACACUCCGAGGCCAACCCUCAGUGCCAGACUGGCAGCCGGCCGGUGGCUGAGCCCGAGACCCCUGCUGUUCACAAGAACAGUAGAAGCUGGCUCAGCUGGGUCUUUGGGAGUGGAAAAGUUAAUAAGAAGGAGGUUCAUCUACCUGAGGACAAAGACAGAUCUAUUGUCUGGGAUCCAACUCUGCACAGAUGGGUUGACAAAACUGAGCCCAAGGCUGAGAACAAGCUUGUACCACCAACUCCACCGAUGGGGAUGUAUGGAUUUCAGGGGAACCCUGGCAGUGUCCCCAAAGGAGUGAAUCCUUACUCCAUGAAAGCAGCAGGUCUAUGGGGCAGCAGAUACCCUACAAUGCAUUACACUGAUGGGACCAACUCAAAGCCUCCAAGCCAGGGGCCUGGACCACUUCCUCGACAGCUCUCUGGCCUGCUCCCUCCCUCACACUUUGACCUUAUGGCACCAAUGAUUGUGCCACCUGACACUCUACCCUACUGAUGUAUGAAUCUGGAAAAUCCUUCCAAAAUGUAUCCAUUCAUCAUUAACUGAGCUUUUACUUUAACAUAGCAAAAGGCUGAAGUAGCACGGAUGUUAAC